AUGGCAAAAGUCUUUCUGACUGGUGGCACUGGAUUUGUUGGAGCUCAUAUUCUCCAUGAACUUCUUGUCUAUGGCUAUACCGUUGUGGCAGCUGUUCGCUCUAGUUGGAAAGGUCAAAGGCUAGAGCAGAGAUACACCGACGAGUUAGGAGACAGGCUGUCUACAGUGGUUGUUGAAGACAUCUCUAAGGAAGGCGCCUUUGAUGAAGCCGUUCAGACAUUUCCGUUUGACUUCGUCAUCCACGUGGCCAGUCCUUUCUAUUUGUUCCCGAAGAACCCCGAAGAAGAUAUGCUGAAGCCCGCCAUCAGUGGUACGCUUGGUCUUCUUCAGUCCGUGAAGACCUAUGCCCCUUCAGUUAACAGGGUAAUUGUGACUUCCUCUUUCGCCGCCAUGGAGAACCCGACCUCCCAUCCUCCCGUCUAUUCCGAGGAGUGCUGGAACCCUAUAACCUACGAGCAAGCGUUGGACCCGUCACUGGCCUACUUUGGAAGCAAGAAAUUGGCCGAAAAGGCUGCAUGGGCCUUCAUGUUGGAGGAGAAACCCUCAUUCACUCUAACCACUAUCUGCCCCCCGCUGAUUUACGGACCUGUGAUGCACCACCUUGAUACCUUGAAUGACAUCAAUACGUCAAACGAAUUCAUUCGCGAUGUAAUACUCGGAAAGUUCCAAGAGCACAUCCCACCGACUCCUCUAUAUCUGUGGGUUGAUGUUCGUGAUGUCGCCCAUGUCCACAUUCAAGCACUCGAUGCCGCUGGUGCGGAGAGUGAGAGGUUCCUGGUAGUUGCGGGGCACUGUGAUAAUAAGGCGAUUAUUGAUGUGAUCCGCGAGGAGUUUCCUCAGCUUGCGCCAAUUUUACCGCCCAAAAUAUUGCCAGGUGAUUUGCCACUGAAUGUCUACCAGUAUGAUGACACGAAGGUGACCAAAAUUUUGGGCCUGAGGUAUCACAGCCUGCGAGAUAGCAUUAAAGCUACUGUUGCAACACUCCUAGACAAAGGCGACGGAUUAGAAAAGGUCGUACGGCCAAGAUGCUUGAUCUAA